AUGUCGAGCUCAAGAAUCGAAGAGCUCCCUGAUGAGCCGGAAAAGAAGAUCGCUGAGGUUGAAGAUGCUUCCGACAGCUCCGACUCCGAGCCCGAAGUUGAGGAGGGCGAGGCCAGCAUUCCCGCCGGUUCGGCUGUGACCAUCCAUUCGCGUAAUGAGAAGAAAGCGCGAAAGGCCAUUUCGAAGCUUGGUUUAAAGCACGUUGAGGGUAUUACCCGUGUUACAUUGAGGAGGCCCAAGAACAUUCUGUUCGUUAUCAACAACCCGGAUGUCUACAAGUCUCCUUCCAGCAACACUUGGAUCAUCUUCGGCGAGGCCAAGAUUGAGGACCUGAACUCCCAAGCUCAAGCCGCCGCUGCCCAACAGCUAUCCCAAGCCGCUGAUGCCGACCCCCACGCCGGCCACGACCACGGCGACAAGAAGAUCGAGGCGGGUGAGGCCAAGAAGGAGGAGGAGGAAGAUGAUGGCGAGGAGGUCGAUGAAUCGGGUCUGGAGACCAAGGACAUCGAGCUGGUCAUGCAGCAGGCGAACGUGUCACGAAAGAAGGCCGUGAGCGCGCUGAAGGAGAACGACAAUGACAUUCGUAGCGCCACCCUCAAGCUCGAUUGGACCCGACUCGGGACCCAGCUCGGCCUACGAGGCAACACCGCGAACGCCCUCGCAUCCUUCAAGAAGCGCAACGAUGACGCACGCCGCAAGGUCCAGAUGCUCUCGGAGCUGCCGCAGUCGGUCGACUUCGCCCACUUCCGCUCUUCGCUGAAGAACACCGCCGUGGUCGACGAGAUCGAACGGCGCUUCAAGGACUUCAAGCCGGCGACGUACGAUGUGCAGCGGCAACUGAAGGCCAUCGAUGCAUUUGAGGCACAGGCGGUGAAGAGUGCUGAGGAGACGAAGACGGUGGUAGAUGCGGAGUUGAAGGAUUUGGAGAAGACGUUGAGGAAUAUUGAGGAGGCUAGGCCGUUUGACGAUCUCACUGUGGAGGAAGUCGCUGCCGCCCGACCCGAUAUCGACAAGCGAACAGAACAACUUGUCUCCAAGGGACAAUGGCAGGUUCCGGGCUACAAGGAGAAAUUCGGUGAUUUGGCGCUUCUCUAA